CCUGUUACAGAUCUAACCUUUGUUCCAAAGAACAGCAAAAGCAGGAAGAAAGAGUUGAGAUCAGAGGGAAGGAAGGAAGAAUGUUUAAGAUGGUGGAAGACGACGAGGUGGAUAUCGUGAUCGCAGCACUCAACCAGGACCUCGGAUUCUUGGAAGAAUGGCGAUCCUUGAUUUCGCGAUUUCAUAUCAUAAUCGUCAAAGAUCCUGAACUUGAUUCUGGUCUCCAGAUUCCCCCAGAUUUCCCGAGUCUGUCUGUCUACACCCGAUCCGACAUGGAGGCGCGAAUAGGCCCCGAAUCACUCUCCUUGCUUCGGUUCACUGGCUUCUCUACUCGGUACUAUGGGUACCUCCUGUCUAAGCGGCGGUACGUCGUAUCCAUAGAUGCUGAUUGCGUACCGCUCAAGGACAAUCUUGGCCGUCCGAUCGAUAUCGUGAGACAACACUUGGCAAAUCUGACGACACCUGCCACUCCUCUCUUUUUCAAUACUCUCUACGACCCAUAUGCCAAGGGGUCGGAUUUCGUUCGUGGGUAUCCUUUCGGUCUACGGUGCGGUGUGAAUUGUGCGGUAUCUUGCGGGCUUUGGCUCAACAUACCAGACUUUGAUGCAUCUAUUUUGAAGUCCGGGAAGCGCAAUGAUAGACUUGUAGAUGCGGUGCUGACGGUACCCAAGGGUACCAUGCUUCCAUUGAGCGGUGUGAAUGUUGCAUUUGACCGGGAAUUGAUCGGACCGGCUUUGUUCUCCGGGUUGAUAUUGGCUGGAGAAGGGAAGGUCCGACAUGAGACGGUUGAAGAUCUAUGGUGUGGGAUGUGUGUGAAGGUGGUAUGCGAUCACUUGGGGUAUGGUAUCAAGAGCGGUAUGCCAUACGUACAAAGAGGUGGCGAUGGCGAAACUGAGCAGGAGAUCCAGAUGGAGCGUACCAUGGAAGGUACCAGCCUCCUUGAGGUGGCGGUUCCAUUCUUCCAAACCAUGAGGUUGCCUCAGUCCGCGGUGACCGCAGAAGAAUGCAUUGUGGAGAUGGCAAAACUGGUCAGAGAGGAGCUCGGACGCGCUGACCCGAGCUUUGCUCGAGCCGCGGAUGCCAUGGAGGAGUGGGUGCGCCUGUGGAGGUCUAUGCAUACCAAGCAGUGAAGUUGGGUACUAUUUGGUACCAAUUCUUUUGAUUAGUAUAGUUGCUUAGAUGAUAAUGGUGCAUAUAGUUGAAGGGGCCUUACUUCUAUCGCAAUUUUAUGGAUCGGACCGGACAUUUGGUCCUGCCGUGCAAUUCAAGAAUGUAACAAGUCUUUUUUGGUGUUUCUGUUAGGGAUUUAAAAGAGUCGGGCUUAGAUCUGAUCCAGAAAUUGCUAAGUCAAGUUAAAUUUAUUCCCAAUUUUGCAAUGUCAUUGUAUUCAGAUUUUAUUCAGUUCCACAUUUGAUUCAGAUAAGAACCUAAAUUUGAAA